AUGGUAAGCGUUAUUGUAUCGCGCGUCGGAUCUGGACCGCACGCGGUGGGGACGAAGAGCGGUGGCAAGAGAUAUCCUUUCCCUAAGCACGUUUGGGCUCCUACUGGUGGCUGGUGGCCUAACCCCAAGAACUGGAAGAAGAACUUCAUCGGUGUCGGUGCCUCCGUUGCCGUUGGUGCUAUCUUCCUGCGAUUCUUCGGACCCCAGAUCGUGACUCCCACGCUCCCCCUGGAAGUGCGCGAGCAGAUGGUCGACUCCUUCAACAAGUCUGCCCGGGAAGGCCGUAUCCGUGCUGGCAAUGUCCAGGCCGAUGCCGACAAGUCCGCAUAA